AAUCACACCUUUUUUUUCUUUCAUUUUCCUUUCCUUUCCUUUCCUUUGUUCGAAAUGCGCCUUUCAAUCUUGGCCUGUACUGCAUUGGCAUUUGUUUCCUCUGCUUCUGCUGCUAGCACCAUGAAGACAUACAGUGUUUCUUGUGAUAAAACUUACACUGUUCUCCAAGGUGAUACUUGUAGUGUCAUUGCUCGUGAAUUUGGUAUUUACACCAGCCAACUCAAGAAAUGGAACCCUUCCAUUAAUUCCAAGUGUACCAAUUUAUACAUUGAUCAGAUUCUCUGUCUGAGUGCCCCUAAGACAUCGAGCACCACUGUUCCUGUUGGUGCUGGUAGUUCUUGUACUUCUGGAUCUUAUGGUCUAGGCAAUGGUGAUGGCUACAGUGGUUACUGUUGCAAGAACCAAGCUGACUGUCUAGAUGAUUGUAUCAGUGGUGUCUGUAACGGCCCCGUUGCUCCUAGUGGCUCUUCCGGUUCUUCCAGCUCUUCCGGUUCUUCCAGCUCUUCCGGUUCAUCUACCACUUGUACUUCUGGAUCUUAUGGUUUAGGCAAUGGUGAUGGCUACAGUGGUUACUGUUGUAAGAACCAAGCUGACUGUCAAGAUGAUUGUAUCAGUGGUGUCUGUAACGGUCCUACUGCUCCCGGUGGCUCUUCCGGUUCUUCCGGUUCUUCCGGUUCAUCUACCACUUGUACUUCUGGAUCUUAUGGUUUAGGCAAUGGUGAUGGCUACAGUGGUUACUGUUGUAAGAACCAAGCUGACUGUCAAGAUGAUUGUAUCAAUGGUGUCUGUAACGGUCCUACUGCUCCCGGUGGCUCUUCCGGCUCUUCUGGUGGCGGUUCUGGUACUUCUUCUACUGGUAAGGUUGUUCAAAUCAGUUCCAGCAAGGACUUCUGUUUGUUCUUGCCUUCUUCUCCUGGUAACAAGGCCGAAAACGAUGGUAAGGUCGAUACUAAUGCCAUUGCUGAUUCUGAAAAGUCUGCUGUUGCUUUCUGUACUAAGCCUAAUGUCAAUGCUCCUAAUGCCGGUCUCUUCCCUGACGGUUUCAUCCAAACUGCUAGCUACCAAACCAAGACGGACGAUGGUUUCGUUCAAGUCCGUGGUACCAUUGAUGUCUCCAAGUACGACUUGAGUUCUAAGGAUGAAGGAGGUCAAUACGAUAACCACGGUUCUGGCUCUCCUCCUGGUUCUAGCUGUGCUGGUUACCGUUACUACGUCAAUUUGAUUGAACCUGAUAGUGGUGAUUUCUGUAUUCGUUGUUGUAUGACCUACAGUGACUGUAAUGCUGGUCGUAGUGCCUAUGGUUGUGACCGUGUUGUUCCUGCUCUUUAAAUUAAUGCAUAAUAAAUUAUUACACAUUUUCUUUUAAUAUUUAACGAUAAGAUAAAUGCUCCCCCCCCCUUUUUUUGAAUGCAAGAUAAAUC